AAUUAGUUCAUUAUGGCUGGUCAAUCGUCUCGUCUGUACAGCAAGGGUCGCGUCCUCGGUUACGAACGUGCAAAGCGCGCACAGAACCCCAACACCUCUUUGAUCCAGGUCGAGGGUGUCCAGACCACCAAGGACGCUCAGUUCUACCUCGGAAAGCGUAUUGCCUACGUUUACCGUGCCCAGCGUGAGGUUAACGGUUCCAAGGUCCGUGUCAUCUGGGGUCGCAUUGCCCGUACCCACGGUUCCAACGGUGUUGUCAAGGCCCGCUUCCGCAAGAACUUGCCCCCCAAGGUCUUUGGCGCCAGCGUCCGCAUCAUGCUUUACCCCUCCAACAUCUAAAUCGCAUAUCGAAAGAAACUCAACAAGAAAAUUUUGUCCUAAUUUUUCUUUUGGCCGUUUCAUAUUUUUUUUGAUAAGGCUGUAAAAUAAAGCAAAAACAAGAUACUUUUUUUGUUAGAGGUU